AUGUUGAAAAUCAGCGGGAUUUUUCUGUUAUUGAUUAUUCUAGACACAUAUGAUUGUAAAACUUCUACACUUUCGACGGUUUCAACUUCGACGACUGAAGUUCCAUCAUCAAGUGAGGAAUUUUAAGAUUUGAAAAAAUAUGUUCAAUGUUUUCAGCAGCCGAUUUAUCAGCUUUGAUUGAAACUCCAAUCUUUUUACAAUUCGCUACGGAUAGUCAAAGAAAAGAAUAUAUUGGUAGGAAAUUUAAAAAUUGAGUUAUGACGUGGCAAUUUUUUGAAAAUUUUAAAUUGUAAAAAUAAACGGGCCAAUCUAAAUAUUACAUUGAAAAUUAAACUUUUUCACAGAACUCGAAAGCAACCCCAACCUAACCUUGGACAUGAAACAAAAAGCUGAACUGAACUGGGCAGCUCGUUGCGGCGAGCCAGUUUAUUCCAAUUUCAUGGCCUUUGUCCAACAAAAAAAAGCGCAAGACGAUGAAGAAAAUUUGCGAAUGGAUCAAAUCGUUUCACAACUAUCACCACAAGCUCAAGAAGCUGACAAACAAGUUCGCGCAAUUUCCUCAGAUAUGAAUCAAACGAAAAAAGAAAUGGACACAAAUGUUCAACUUCAGUUGAGUAAAUUGCCGAAAAAAGUUUAUUACGAGUUGACAUUUGCUACCCAAUAA